AUGUCUAGUUAUAAACGCAGACGACUUGACAGCCUAGGCAACCGCACAGACAUUAAUCCCUUCAUAGACAUUGAAGCAGCGGUUUCCGAUGAUGAUGAAAGUUCGGAAGAGCUUGAUUAUGAAGGGGGCCAACUACUGAAUGAUAACGAUGAAUACUCUGAGGAUGAGGAACGUGUUGCACACUCUCGGCUAUAUCAUGCCAUGCAAAAUACAGAUAACGCUGAUGAAUGGAGCGAUUUGUUGCCCAUGCUUCUGCCUUCACGCAUGAAAAUUCGUCCUGACAAUGAUAUAGAGCCAUCUAGUUCACGAGAACUUAUACAGAAAUAUGGCAAUCCCCAACCAGGAGGACUUGGUGAUAAUAAUUAUAUGCCUUCCGCGACUGAUAUCAUGUAUGAAAUAGGUUGCAAGGUUGGACGCGAAGAGGCCGUCGCUUUCAAAAUUAUGCAGAUGUCAACGAACCCUACAUUUCCCAUCAUCCUUGCCCGGUCUGUCUUCGCUCAAUCCUCAAUUCCUGGGAGAAUCUACGUCAAGGCGCCAUCAAUGCAACAUGCGCAUACGUUAGCCUGCCUCGUUAGAGAGCUUAAUCCGACACAUUUAGUUAGGCUAUCCUCGGAGAGAUGUAUGGAGAUCCUAUCUCAUCCCCCACCCUCACGCCCUGAAGACCAAUCGUGGGUCAAGGUUGCUGGAAAGCGUAAGGCUUGGACGACCUACGCAAAUGCUACCGGCCUUGUGUUCACAUUCCAGGGUCGGAAAAGUGUUGUUCUUAUCCCCAGACCUCCGGACAACAUCAAGAAAUCGCACCUCGACAGGAUAUUCCAGGAUGGAUUUAUUAUCACGGAUUUCGACGCCAUCGAUCUCAAAUAUCUUUCCAAUGUCCUCCCAACAUCGUCCGAGUUGGAGCAAUUUCGCGAGUGUCCAUUUGUAACGACGGAGACCUUAGCGCAAGCCUCGAAAGCCAUCUCCAUGACUCGACUGAAACGAUAUGAUCGAGUCAAAAUUAUUGGUGGAGAAUACUUAGGUCUUUUUGGAACGGUCAAGAGUGUUUCUGACGCUGAGGUGGAAGUGCACAUCCCCUCCCAAGGUAUAACACAAGCAGUUGCACUACACGAUCUACGUGCAGCUUUCCAGAUAGGCGAUAGUGUUGAAGUCGUUGAAGGGGAUCACAAAGAUCUCCAUGGAUGGGUGUCAGACUUUGAUGGAAGAUCUGUUUGUAUUAUCGCCCCAGAGCACGAACGCGAAGUGCUUACUGACAUUGUUUCAAGCAACCGAGAACAUAUAAAUUCCGCUCAAGACCCCGGGCCUUCUGGUGGAGCAACUCCAAUGCCGUCCACAGUAGCAAGUUUUCUGUCUCCUGCAUGGAAUCCGUAUUCAGCAAUACCUGUACACUCGGCGGUGGAAAUCGCAGAACUACCCUCAACCGUCGCUCACUGGCUAGAUACGAAAUACGAUAAGCUGAAAGGAUUACGAUUAAAAGUCGUAGACAAAUCCAAGGGCGACCAUCAAGUGGCGAUGGAACUUCUCAGCCUUACCGACGAUACUGCCCACCUAGCAUUACUGGGACGUACACUGACAUUACCGAAAUCAGUGUUGUUUCCAAUUCAUCCUGUAAAAAAGGACGACUUCGUUACACCGCUUGAGGGCGAUUCAAUGGGGAUUAUAUUCAGGAUACGAUCAAUAGACAAGGAUAUUUGCGUUGUACAUAAAUAUCCCGUUACUCGUAUGAAACGCGGUGAUACAUUCCCAACUUUUCCGACAACAUCUUUGAUUCAAAUCUUCCCCCCGUCCCGUGGUGUCAAAGUUGUAAAUAUGUAG